AUGAGUUCUACAGCUCUGUCUACGGAUGCGGAGAGUGUGGCCUCCUCCAGGGGCAACUGGGCAAACAAAACCGAAUUCAUAUUAUCCUGUCUAGGAUACGCCGUAGGAAUAGGAAAUGUCUGGAGAUUUCCCUACCUUUGCUACAGAAAUGGAGGAGGAGCCUUCUUGGUACCUUAUUUUCUCAUGUUACCAUUAUGUGGACUUCCCCUGUUCUUCAUGGAACUUUGCAUAGGACAGUUUUCAGGAACUGGGUGCAUCACCAUGUUCAAAAUAUCGCCUUUGUUUAAAGGAAUGGGGUACUGCAUGGUUAUGGUCAAUUUGAUUUGUACCAUCUACUACAAUGUAAUCUUGGCCUAUCCUCUACUAUUUUUGUACUAUAGUAUGGCGAAGAAACUUCCUUGGGUUGAUUGUAACCAAAAAUGGAAUGAUGAAAGGUGUUCCAAGGUUUGUACAGAUUUCUUGCAAUCGCCAAUUGUUACUACACCAGCUGAACAAUUUUUUCACAAUGAGAUUCUGCACAUUUCAUCUGGAAUCCAUGAACAAGGAACAAUAGUCUGGCCUUUGUUGAUAACAAGUACAAUCAGUUGGGUUGUAGUAUACUUAUGCAUCAGGAAAGGUAUCAGCACUGUUGGCAAAGUUGUUUAUUUCACAGUACUUUUUCCAUACCUGGUGCUGUUCUCACUUUUUGUCCGUGGAGUUACUUUACCAGGAGCAUGGAACGGAAUCAACUAUUAUAUUAAUCCAAAAUGGGAACAACUACUAGAACUUAGGGUUUGGGCAGAUGCAGCAACCCAGAUAUUCUUUUCAUUAGGACCUGGCUGGGGUGGUAUUGUCAACAUGGCAAGUUUUAACAAUUUUCGCAACAAUACACAAUUUGAUGCUAUAUUUUUGCCCCUGAUCAACGCCAUGACGAGCAUUUUCGCAGGAUUUGUCGUGUUUUCGGUACUUGGUUUUAUGUCAGACCAAACUGGUUUAUCUGUGGAAUCUGUAGCGACUGGUGGACCAGGUUUGGCUUUUGUCACCUAUCCAGAAGCUAUAUCGAUGAUGCCUAUACCAAUUUUUUGGUCAAUUAUGUUCUUCACAAUGUUGUAUUUGUUAGGAGUCGACAGUUGUUUUGUACAAAUCGAAGCAAUCAUCUCGAGUCUUAUUGAUGUCUAUCCUGGUCUUUUUAAUUACAAACAAUAUGUCCUAGUGGGAUCUAUAUUUUUGAUGUUUUUGGGAUCUCUGUCCUGCAUCACGAAUGGGGGCAUGUACACUUUGCAACUCCUGGAUUGGUACUCAUGUGCAACUCCUGUAAUUACUACUUGCCUUUUAGAAAUAAUAAUAGUAGCUUGGAUUUACAAAGCUGAUGUCUUCGUCGACGAUAUAGAAUUCAUGAUCAAGAGAAAGGUUAAUCCUUAUUGGAAGUUUGUUUGGAAGUAUGUGACUCCAUUUCUGCUUUUGUUCAUCCUGUUAUCGGUGGCGAUUUUCAAUGUGAGAGUCACUUACAAUGGACAAGAGUAUCCUGAUUUGGCAAUCGCAAUUGGUUGGAUGACCGCAAUGGUGUCAAUAAUUUGGAUACCGAUAUACAUGGUGUAUCAUCUGAUUUUUAAGGAAAAAGGAACAUUUAAAGAGAGAUUGAAAAAUUCUAUAAAACCCACUGCCGAUUGGGGACCUGCUGUUCCUGAAAUGCGCGAACGUUGGCUUCGACAUAAAGCGCGUCAGAAUCGCUUAUAAAAU